AUGAAUUUGGAUGUCGUAAUCAACGGUUUAAAAGUUGAUGCUAAAGAGAUAUCAACUAUUUUAAAUAUUAAUCCUGUGUUUAAAGAAACAAGGAUUCGAAAAAGAAAACGAUUUUUUUCUUAUGAGGAAAACGAAGAAUCAAUUAAUUCUCAGAAAUCACCAGAAGAAAAAUUUAAAAUUGAAUAUUUUUAUCAAAUUGUUGAUACUGCUAUACAAUCUAUGGAAUUACGUUUUCUACAAUUUGAAGAGUAUUCUAAUAUGUUUGGGUUUUUAUAUUCUCUUGAAAAAUUAUGUAAUUUAAGUGAAAAUGAUUUUAUGAAAUGCUGUUUUGAUUUGGACAUUUCUCUGAGAGACGGUGAAAAACACGACAUCAAUGGCGCAGAAAUUUUAUCUGAGUUAAAAAUUAUCAGACAAAUAAUACCAGUAGAAAUAAAUACGUCCAUCGAAAUAUUACAAUUUAUAAAAGAUCUACAAAAUCCAUUUACUAAUGCUAAUAUAUCUUAUAGAAUAUUACUAACUAUUCCAAUAACUGUGGCCAGCGCAGAAAGAUCUUUUUCUAGAUCAAAACUGAUAAAAUCAUAUUUAAGAACAUCAACGACGCAAGAAAGACUCUCUUCACUUGCAAUAUUAUCUAUUGAAAAAUAUAUAGCUUCAAACUUAGACUACGAUGAAGUAAUUAAUGAAUUUGCUAAGUAUAAAGCAAGAAAAGUCAAUUUUCUCUAA